CUGCAGCACAAUGCCAAUGUGUGGACAGCAUACAAUGUAGAUUGAAUUGAGUACCAAAAUAUAUAACACAAGUACUCUUGAAACAAAGUAUUACCAUAGCAACAGCCACUGCUGCUCCCUAGAUAAGGAGUGCAGGAGCACACGGCAGCAGCAAAGAACGUUCCUGCUUCAGUGAGUGCUGACCCUGUAUCACACCCAUCCCAGAGCCUUUCACCGGUCGCUUCAAGAGAAAACCUUUUCAAUGAUGUCAACAGAGUGUGUGCAACCACUUGAUAUCCCAGAAGACAGAUUGGACAAGCGAGACUCACACUGCAACCGUUUAGAUGACCUUUCAGAACAGUUUAUUAAGAAUUGUGACCUAAAAAAGAAACCAAGAAAGGGUAAAAAUAUCCAGGCUUCCCAGAACAGUGAGCUGGAACAGAAAAAGCCAAGGAGAAAGGAUACACCUGCCUUACACACCCCACCACCUAUACCAGGCAUCCUCUCAGACUUUUCAGAACAUUUAAUUAAAAGGUGUGACAUCACCGAAAAACCACAGAAGGGUAAAGUGAGUACAGUCUCUCAGCUCACUGAUCAGGAACAGAAAAAACCCAGGAGAAAAGAUACACCUGCAAUACACAUCCCACCCCUUAUACCAGGUACUAACCUGCUUAAAGAAGAAAAGCAGACAGUGAUUGUGGAAGAUGAUGAAAAGGAUGGCGAAAAAACCCUUAUUUAAGAUUAUUGUGAUAUCUCCAAAACUAUUGUAAAUAAUUCCAGAUCAUUCAAAAUGGUAGCAUAUAACAAAGCCCAUUUGUUUUUAUAAAUAAUUUUUGAAAGCAUGCACUGCAUUUAAGCUAGUACCAAAUGCUUAUCUGUAAAUGGCUAGCAUUGGAAAAGAUGAAAGUAAAUAGACUUGUGGUUAGGGUUGGAAGAAAUAUCUUGUAUUAUCUAGCCCUAUCAUUCAGAAUUUUUCUACUCUGAUCCCAUCUGAAGACAAAAAAAUUUUUGGACAUCUCUAACAGUGGCCACAAGGGAUGCCAGCUAGCACCACAUAACAGGGUGGGAGCUGUGAGUGUGGGACACCCACUAACUAACAACAGGCUUCUCUUGAGAAGAGAGCUGCUAUAGGUCUAUCCCACAAAAGGACAGCACCAGGCAGAAGUAGGCCAGCUUCUACACCACCACCCCCUUUUCCCAUGGUUGUGAAAAUUUGGCUAAAGAUUUUAAUGUGUGUUUGUGUCCUGAUUCUGUGUUUCAUUACACCAGCUUUACUCUGGUGGAAAAUCAGUGACUAAGGUGAAGUUACACUAGCAUAAAAGUGAACAAUCAAGUCAACAGGUCCUAAAAUUGAAUCCAAAUGUCUCUUGCAUGUACAGUAUAAGUUCAGUACCCAUAUUUGUAAUUUUUUCCUUUGUUAUAACCUGUGAGUUUGCUCUAAUACCAAAAAUUAGUACCUCAUAAGAGCCAUCAACUUUGAAACCUUAAAUAUUACAAAGCACACUGCUAUCAGAAAAGAAGCUUCCUAGAAGUGCAACGUUUGUAAUUUAUACUAGUAUGUAUUAUUGAAUUUUUAGCGUCAAAGUUCUUUUUCCAAAGUUGGUGGAAUAUGAACUAGUUGGGUAGCUGAUCUUUUAAUCUGCAUGUUUUCUUUUGGUAAGUGCUUUUAAUUGAAACCUAGCCUGUUAGGGGGUGCUGUUAAGAUUAAAAAUCUUUGUUGGA